UCCGAGUUGCGAUGGAGUGGUACACGCACCCAUCUUCAUGAGUGGCAGAAGACGUUGGCCUUCAGGAUCACCUUCUGCUUCUUCGGCGUGCCCGCUGCGCUGCUGCUCCUGUACGGGCUCUUUGGGUUUGUCUGGCACGCCGGAGCACCCAUGAGCUGUGGCUCUGGUGCUUACUUGGGUUGGACCUGGACGCGACAGAGUCUACCUGGGACUGGUCGCGCUCAUGUGUAUCAUGCCUGCCCUGGCUCUUUGCAUGGCUUUCCAGGAGCUCCACGGUCAUUGGAAGGCCGGCCACGAAAACUCCGAAAUGGUGGUAACGUAUGUAGCCCCGCUGGGCGUCAUGCUGGUUGCGCUUUUCGGGCUCUGCAGUCCCCAGAUGCCUCCGAACGGCUGGGACCAGGAACAACUGGACGGUCUUGUCUUCGCGCGCUCUUGGUUUGAGUGCUUCCGGUCGAACGACAUUUUUGGUCUGCGGCUGGUUGAUGCGCUGUGGAAGGCCCAGAACGGGAAGCCCGAGGAGCUAUUGACAUUUCUUGGGAGUGCUGAGGAGGUUGCAGUCGUCAUGCACGUGUGCUCUGAGCCUAGGGAGGACGCGAAGCAGGUGUAGUGCCCUCCUCCUUUGCCACCCCCUGUCGGCCUGCUUCUCUAGUGCCCUUCAGUGCCCCUCUACUUGGCUGAUUGGAGGUCCAAGGUGGCCCAAGCGACGAUUAGCCUCAGGGUGGCAAAGCUUCCUCUUCCCUGCCUUCUCCCCCGUCCGCCGCUCCAGCUCCCUCUUCGUUCGCCCCCCCCCCCCCCAGCCUUCUUCGCCAGUGCGUUGUUCUACUUGCCUGGCUGGAGGCCCAGCUGGCAUACCGCAGAGGUCACCCAGCGCCAACGGGGGCUGUCAAACAAGAAGAGGGUGCCUGCCCCUUGUUCACGGGUAGCCUGAGCCAGGGAUGGGACAGCUCACGCUGGAACUCAGGUGGAGGAGCACGAGAGCGCUCACAAACUCGUUCA